GGCGGCGGCGGAGGCGGCGUGAAGCUGGAGGAGCGGCUCUACUCGGUGCUCUGCUGCACGGUGUGCCUCGACCUGCCCAAGGCCUCCGUCUACCAGUGUACAAAUGGUCACUUGAUGUGUGCUGGAUGUUUCAUCCACCUCCUGGCAGACGCCCGACUGAAGGAGGAGCAGGCUACGUGUCCCAACUGUCGCUGUGAGAUCAGCAAGAGUCUCUGCUGCCGAAACCUUGCGGUAGAAAAGGCCGUGAGCGAGCUGCCAUCGGAGUGUGGCUUCUGCAUGCGGCAGUUUCCACGUUCUCUUCUGGAGAGACAUCAGAAAGAAGAGUGCCAGGACAGGGUGACCCGGUGCAAGUACAAGCGGAUUGGGUGUCCGUGGCAAGGUCCUUACCAUGAGCUCACUGUACAUGAGGCGGAAUGCACUCACCCAGCCAAGACUGGGAAUGAGCUGAUGGAGAUCCUGGAUGAAAUGGACCAAACGCAUAAAAAGGAGAUGCAGCUAUACAAUAGCAUCUUUGGCCUACUCAGCUUUGAGAAGAUUGGCUACACAGAGGUUCAGUUCCGUCCUUACAGAACAGACGACUUCAUCACCCGGCUGUACUACGAGACGCCGAGGUUCACCGUGCUGAACCAAACCUGGGUGUUGAAAGCCCGGGUCAACGACUCGGAGCGCAACCCGAACUUGUCAUGCAAACGGACCCUCUCCUUCCAGCUCAUCCUGAAGAGCAAGAUCAACUCCCCCAUGGAGUGCUCGUUCCUGCUGCUCAAGGGACCGUACGAUGACGUGAAAAUCAACCCUGUGAUCUAUCACUUUGUCUUUACCAACGAGAACAAUGAAACGGACUACGUCCCGCUCCCCAUCAUAGACUCUGUGGAAUGUAACAAAUUGCUGGCAGCCAAGAACAUCAACCUGCGUCUCUUUAUAUUCCAGAUACAGAAGUAAGCAUAAACAGAGCUUGGCUUUCCAGGAGAGAGAGAAAGCAAGCCAAGCAAGCAAGCGAGAGAGAGAGAGUGCACCACUGAACCAGAGUUACCUCGUAUGGCUGCCUCGGCCCUUUUAUGUUCCACAUUUAUUUGGUUAUUUUAAAAAGAACAUUUUUGCAUGUGUGGUAUACAACAGCUUUGAGCAGUUGCUGCCUUCCUCAUCUCUCUCUCCAUUUUUUGCCAGGAUCAGGCGGCUGGGGAGUCAGGUUGACGCAGGGUGCUGGUAAGGCCUGAUUGCAUUAGGUGGACAAACUAGCAACCACCACGAGUUAAUACAUUAUGAAAAGGCUGCCUCUGUGUCAUGAUUGUAUGUGGUCUCCAGAAUAUAGCAUUGAGGUGUUUGGGGGUAAGGUCCUCUGUGUCCUUCCGGCCUGGUGGGCAGCGUUCUGUUUUGAUGGUAACGAGCAUCAUGCAGAAUCCGGAAGUGCUGGAUUCUGUCCUUAUAUUACUGGAAUAAAACAAAUGGUGGGCUGGGGGAGGGGGAGUGAUUUUCAUAUAGACAAGACACCUUCAGGGAACCCCAGACAAGGGGAUUUUACCAGGCUGCUUCUUGCUGAGGCUGCUGUGCCACAUUCCAAGGGUAGCAGAGAGAUGCUUUGUGUGGCACCCCGCACUCUGCCACCUGUGGCUCAGCAAUCCAAGAUUCCUCUCCCCCAGCUUUUCAUGGCGUUUAAGCUGCAAACGGAUCAUAAGGCACGUGAAAUGAAGUUACUCCUAAGGAAGACUAAAUUCAAGAAAUAGAUCACCAGACAGUUGUCAACCCUUCUAGCAAGAGGUGGGCAACCUCAGUGUGGCUUGAACUGCACUUCACAAAGAAAUAACUAGAGACCCCUUUCCAUAGAUCCCAAUAUUGGCCGGUAUGUUAUGUUCUGCCCCUCUUCCUCCCUCAAACAGCAGGCUUGAUCUGACAGACUAGAUGAGAAUUGACCCAAAUCAGUGCAGACUUCUCGGAAUGCAGGGUGACUAAUUCUAUCUGUUUUGGGGACUUUCCCAAUCCUUUGAAAAAUAUUUUUUUUCCUUUGUGCAAAUGAGUUAACAGGCUCUUCUAGUAAUUAUGCAAUUUAACAAUGUGAUUUUAUGUAUGUAAAAUAUAUAUAGCGAGUUUAUGAUGAGGAUAAGUGGGGCCAUUCACCAAAUUUCAAUGAGAUCUACAGGGAUACUUUGCUUGAUGCUGUUAAACAUGUUUUAACAUGGGGUGCAAGGGAGUGGGUGAGGGACAAAGACUCCGGCUUAAAUCCUAUUGCUAGUCCCAAAUUGUGCAGAUGAAGUUGGAGCCGUUGUUGAACGAUGAGUAAAUCCCAUUUUGCUAUGUAAAUCCCAUUUAUUCAAUAUACUCUAGUAUGGACUAGCAUUAGUAUUCUAGCCUAUUUGUAUCAUGAGGAACUCAUAUGUUAAUACUCUUCAUUCAAGAUUAUUUUCUUCAUUUUCCUUCAGCUUCCUCACCCUGAUUUUUUAAAAAAAGCUACAGAUGGUGGUAAUUUACACUUUAUAUGAACUAGUUGGACCGAUCAGGUAUGGGUUUUUUUGUUUUGU